AUGAUGGAAGCAGAACUAUUUCAAGAAAUUACUGAUGCUCUUAGAGAGAAGUCAAAUCAUAUAUUUUUGCCUGUAGAGAAUGUUUGUCCUAUACAAAAAAUUGUUUGGUCUUCAUUUGAUUACAUGGCUGGACCUGAAUUAAGAUUUUGUUGGGAAGCUGAUUAUUCAAUUAAAAAUGGAAAUAAUCCAACAAUAAAUAAUUCUGAAGGAAUUGAAUUUGAUAAUGAAAUUGAAACUGGAGAUGGAUGUGUAAGUACAAGUGAUUCUUCUUAUACAAAAAAUACAAUUAGUUCAAAUAGUGCACAAUUUGAAGAUAUUGAUGCUUACAAUAGUGAAUCUUUUCAACUUGCAUCUUUAAAAUUUGGAAGAAAUGGGGAUUCUAUUAACGAUUUUGAUAGUAAAUUUGAAAUUUCGAGAACACAAUCCUCUACAAUGGUUGAGUCUACAGAUUCUUUUUCUCAUAUUCAAAGUACAAGUGAACAAUUAACUCCACAAAAAGAGAAGCCAGCAUCACCGACAAAAAUUUCAAAAUCAUCAACAAUUGAUUCAAUUAAUAAAAAUCAAAAAAGAAAUGACCAACAACCGCCUUCUUCCUCUCCCUCUCCAGCAAUGGUAACCUCUUGUGUAGAUUCUGGAAUAGCUCCAACAAUUUCAACAGAAAGUAAUUUAAGCGCAUUUCUUUUACAAGAACCUAAAGCAACUAAUCAAUCUUGUGAUAUUCAAUUACAAAAAGGGGAAUUACUUUUAGAUGCGAAAAUAAAUGGGGCACAAGAGGUGAUUGAAUUUGAUGGUGAUAAUUAUUCUGAAACUUCUGUUGUUGAUGAUAUUUCCCCUGUUCGUACAGAAAUACAAAAUAAUUCUUUUAUUACGAGCCAAAUUGGUUCUUCCUUCUUUUCCUCCACUUAUUCCAAUCCUGUAAAUACUUGCUUGUCUUUAAAUGACAAAAAUUCAAAAAUCAACGAAUUUUUCCAAAAAGAAGCAGAAUUUUUUAAUGCUGAAAUGACACCGAAUGAAUCUAACGGUUAUUGGAUGGCCAUUCCUGAUGAAGCUUUUGUAGCUAAACAUGUACUUGCUGAACAAAUUGCCAGUGUUCAAUUAUCCUCAAAUCCUGUUUUACAUAAAUUUUGUAUUGUUGCUGCAAGACAUAUUUCUUUUGGUUCUUAUAUAUUUGCAACUCGAACAGAAAAUCAAAGAUUUUGUGCUUCACCCAAUCUUGCAGCUUUUACAGUUAUUUUGCCUAUUGAAAAAGUUGAUUGGUAUUUGCAACACCAACCAUUUUUUCAAGAAAUUUUUGAAGAUAUUAUUGCCCGUUUCAGACCUGCUCAUACAGUUGAAUUAUUGGAUGAUUUAGUAUGUCGAUGUACUCGGGAAUUUUCAACUUUUCUCACAACAAUUAGUGCUCUUGAACGGUGGCCUCUUUCUCUUCAACCAAACAUUUCUCAACUUCGAAUUCAACAAAGCCAUUUAUGGGAAUUAAAUUUUGAAAGAAUAAAUGAAAAAAGUUUUAUUGCUCGGUGUAUCACAGCAACAUUAAUUUGUAGAGGGCGUUGUGCUAUUGUUGGAAGUAAUUCUAAAGAAGUUUUUAAAUUAUUAAUGACUCUUUGUGCCUUUACAAAAUCUCAAGAUCGGCUUUAUAGUCUUCGGCCUUACAAACUGCCUUACUCUCCUUAUAUUCGUUUACAAGCAAUUAAAAGACCAGAAAUUUAUCAAUUUUUUGAACAAGCUGCUAAUGCUCAUUGGCCAUGUUCGUUACUUGAUAUUGAUCGUGGUUCAGUAAUAUAUACGGGACUUUAUCAAAAACAUCGAAUUCAAAAACGGGCAGAACAACAUUUUCAAAUAUUUUAUGUUAUCCGCGAAGCAAUGGAUUGUGGCUUGGAUAUUCCAAAUAUUAUCCUGAAUGAUUUAAAUCAAAAAUUUCUGAAUGGCGGAGGAGAAUUUAUUAAAACUACAUUGGAAACCCAAAUUGUCAAAGCAGAGCGUGGUGUUAUUGAAUUUUUGGAGCAAAUAUGUUUAAUGCCUUUAAAUCGAGCAGCAAGAAUUUCCUUCAUUGAUCAUUUUCAUUUACGUCUAGAAAAUCGAGCCAAAUCACUUAUUACAUACAUCCGAGAUAUUUCAAAACCUUCGCCUGAAGAUAAGUGGGGAGCGCUUAGUGGUAGGUGGUCUUGCAAAACUGUUAGACGAAACUUAAAUCUUUUACACGAUUCUACUUUUGGUAUUGUUUUGGCUGAGGCAGAAAGAUUACAACCUGAAAUUUCUGAGUUUAUUGUACAACAAACAAAAAUAGCUGAAUAUCCAAUGAAUAAAGAUUAA